AUGGUGUUGAUGAGCCCAUCAAUCGGUGCUCUGAGGCGACUGAUUGCUGUUUGUGAAGACUAUGCGGUGAAUCAUGGGCUCAAAUAUAAUGUCACUAAGAGCGAACUAAUGGUUUUUAAAGCUGGCAGUCUGACUUAUCCAUGUAUCCCAGACGUAGCACUUUGUGGAGAACCACUGAGAAGGGUGGACAAAUUUAAAUAUCUAGGCCACUGGGUCACUGAAGACCUUAAAGACAAUUGUGACAUUGAAAGGGAACGUAGGUCGCUGGCGGUCCGUUGCAACAUGCUGGCCCGCAGGUUUGCGCGCUGUACGAAGCCGGUUAAAGUUACCCUUUUCAAAGCCUAUUGUCAGUCUUUUUACACGUGCAGCCUGUGGGUCAGCUUCACUCGGCGGGCCUACAGCGACCUGCGCGUUCAGUAUAAUAAUGCACUGAGGGUGCUGCUGCGGCUGCCAUGGCGAUGUAGUGCGUCAGGGAUGUUUGCAGAUAAUAAUAUUGAUAGUUUUUCCGCCAUCAUUAGAAAAAGAUGUGCGUCCCUGAUGGCUCGCGUUCGUGGCGGCACCAACAGCAUUCUCAGUGUAUUCGUAGAUCGGUGGGAUUCCCCGAUGUGGGGAAGGUGGAUACGGCUCCAUGCCGAAAUUUAA